AUGACAGGAAAGGAGGAGCCAUGGCUGGGUCCAUUCACUAUCCAUGAAAUUAUCAACAAUAAGAUAUGUCAGUUAAAAAAUGAUGUAAAAGUAUUAAAAACCAAAGUGUUAAUAAGUAAUAUGAAAAAAUAUUUUGAAUAUGACGGUCAAAAAUUGAAUGAAGAUACUUAUGCAGAAGAAUUAAAGACAAGCGAAAAAAAUAUAAUGUCACGAAAAGAUAAGAUUCCCACCGGUCCAAAAACCAGGAUGUCUUAUCCAGUUGGUAAAACAUGCAGGCAACAGACAAAACGCAGAACAUUAAAAUUAAAUUUCAGCCAACAAGUAACAAACGAAACUAUACUUGCAAAAUUCUUGACGGUUCCAUCUGAAAUUAAACACAUUUUUGGAGAUGGAAACUGUUUAUAUAGAUCUUUAUCGUAUUGGAUAACAGGUGACGAAGAUUAUCAUUUUGCCAUAAGACAACAUGUUUGUGAGGUAAAAAAAAUUUCAAAUAUCGAAAGAUAUAUAGGGGGAAAGGAAAACAUGAAGAAAUAUUUGGAACAAAAAACAAUAGAAAAUGAUGGUAAUAUAAAUGUAUAA